AUGGCGUACAUGGUGAAGAAUCCAGGGCUGAUUCCAAAUAUGCAGUCCAUCAAAGCCGGGGACAUUGGCAAGCGACGAAAAGAGAUGGCCGAGAUGAUGGAGGGGACCUGGAGGAGUUGCAUCGAGGCGGGUGAUGGCAUGGGCCAGAGAGUCUCAGCGUUAGACGUAGACGCGCCUGAGGAUUUGUUCAUCGCAGAUUGCAUCAUUGCGAACCCGCCGUCCAUGGGCCACAUUCACUGCGCGGAGAAGCUUGGCAUCCCGCUGCACAUGGUCUUCACUAUGCCGUGGUCGCCAACAAAAGCUUUCCACCACCCGCUGGCAGCCAUGGAGUAUGGCGAAGUUGAGAGGUCCGUCGCAAACUACUUCAGCUUCGGCAUCAUGGAGCUGCUCACUUGGCAGGGUUUAGGCGAUGUCAUCAACAAGUUCAGGACGCAGACCUUGCACCUAGACGCUAUUAGCCCGCUCUGGGGUCAUCUCUUGCUUUCGAGACUUCGCGUCCCAUAUAGUUACCUAUGGUCACAGGCUUUGAUCCCGCGGCCAGCUGACUGGGACUCACAUAUCAGCAUUACCGGUUUCUCAUUCCUGGAUGCUGGAUCGAAUUACACGCCGCCGGACGACCUGGCUGAGUUUUUUGCGAAAGGCCCUCCUCCGGUGUACAUCGGCUUUGGCAGCAUAGUGGUAGAUGAUCCAGUGGCUCUCACCAAACUCAUCUUUGCCGCCGUGAAGCUAGCAAAAGUCAGAGCUAUAGUCUCCAAGGGCUGGGGCGGCGUGGGUGCGGGUGAUGUGCCGGAUGAUGUGUAUCUCAUUGGCAAUUGUCCGCACGAUUGGCUCUUCCAACGGGUUUCGUGUGUGGUUCAUCACGGAGGUGCGGGUACAACGGCUGCUGGUAUUGCCUUGGGUAGGCCUACGGUUGUUGUGCCCUUCUUCGGUGACCAACCCUUCUGGGGACAGAUGAUCGCAAAGGCUGGAGCUGGUCCAAUGCCCAUCCCGUUCAAGCAGAUGACUGCCGAGAGCCUUGCGACAAGCAUUACCUUUGCGCUGCAAGAUUCUGUCAAAGUCGCAGUUCAGAAGAUGGCAGAAAGUAUUGCAGAGGAAGAUGGUGCCGGAGAUACUGUACGCGACUUUCAGCAGAAACUUGGCAUUGAUGGAAUACGAUGUCAUAUCUGUCCGGAUCGCCUAGCUAUCUGGCGUGACAAAGAGACUGGCGCACAUCUCAGUGGCUUUGCAGCCUCCGUGCUUGUCCAAGAAAGACUGUUGGAUUUGAAGCAUCUGCGUUUGCUGCAACAUCGGCAUUACUAUACCCAUGAAGGCGCUGAAGGACCUUUGACAGGUGUUGUCGCUGCUUUCGGAGGGCUCAUGUCCUCUUUGGGUACCGAUACAGCUGAGUUCUCGCAGCGGCUGAAGAAAAGACCACGCGAGACUGAGGCCGACGUAGAAGCCUUGAAAAGAGUGCCGACUGUUGAUGAGCCAGACUUGGAAAAGGGCAUCACGUCCAAACACUUCCAUCACUUGGCGUACAGAAUGGCAGCGAAGUCAUGCGAUGACGACUACACGCACAACUUCGAGAAGCCGCAGAACCGCCCGGGUAUAUCAGCUCUUCGCGAGAAGAUCGCUGCGAGGAGAGCAAGAGGAGGCCGUGGCUACCAAAUCACAAGCGCUACCGCGCAUUACGUUGGUGAUCUCGCGGCUACAGGAGCCAAAACCCCAGUCGCCUUCUUCUACAACAUCGCCAACGGCUUCCGGAACCUACCCUCAUACGCAAUCCACAACGACCCCGCGCGACAAAGAGACGAAAUCACCGGCUUCGGCAGCGGCUGCAAACUCGCCGGCAAAGAAUUCGUGCUCGGCCUCAGCGACGCACUCGUAGGCAUAGUUCGACACCCCUAUCUCGGCGCGAAACAAGAAGGCGCCAUGGGCUUUGGCAAAGGAAUUGGGCGAGGUCUAGCUGGGCUAUAUCUCCAUUUAGGAGCCGGUAAGUUCGGGUUCCGAAUAUUCCGCUUAUCCGCUUAUCUAACACUACUGUCAGCGGUAUUUGGCCUGCCAGGAUAUUUCUUGAAAGGCGUCGAGAGGGGCCUCUUGGCGCGGCAUCUCACUGCGCUGCAGGCGGAGAUUUUCUUUAUACAGCUGCGCCGAUCUGCUGUCGCGUUUCGUGGUGCGAGCGAUGUUGAGAAGGAAGCGGUGGUGAAGAAAUGGGCGGAAGUGAAAUCAAGCAUAGACAGGCAUUAG